CAGAUCGACCUGGACUCCACCAGACACACGCGCAGGCAGCGGGCUGGAGAUAAAAACACAUUACAAACACAGCUGGAGAGAAGGCAAAAGGCUGGGACCGUGGUACUGGAUAAUAAUUCCUCUCCGCUGGCAGGAGACAAAGCUGCAGCAGGCUGGGAUCGACUUCAACUGGGAGGUAAACAAACAUGCGUUCCCGUAGCAACAGUCUGGAGAAGGCUGCCAAGACCAAGCUGUCCCACCACAGAGCACGCUCGCGGCGGCGGAGCUCCGAGUGCGAGGACCCGCCGAGCCGGGGGGCAGGCCGGGCCCGGCGGAGGGAGCACCCUGACGAUACAGGCACCGUCCUGAGGAAUCACAAGGGAGGGGACAGUGGGAAAAGUGACAGGAAAGCAGGUGCAUCCUCGGGGAAGGGCAGGGACCUGUCCCGGGACGACCUCCUGUUUCUUCUCAGCAUCCUAGAGGGGGAGCUGCAGGCCAGAGACGAGGUAAUUACCGUGCUGAAAGCUGAGAAGAUUGACCUGGCGCUACUAGAAGCCCAUUAUGGAUUUGUUACGCCACACAAGGUGCUGCAGGCCCUGCAAAGAGAUGCCAUUCAGGGAAAGGGCAACGACUGGCAGGAGGACAUCUACGAGAAACCCAUGGCUGAGCUUGACAGACUGGUGGAGAAGCAGCGGGAGACGCACCGACGGAUGCUGGAGCAGCUUCUCCUGGUGGAACAGGCCCACAAGCAAGCCCUCUGCAAGCUGGAGGACGAGAAGAGGAAUCACAGCGACUUUGUGCAGAAGAGUGACGAGUUCACCAACCUGCUGGAGCAGGAACGUGAGAGACUGAAGUUGCUGAUUGAUCAGGAAAAGGUUUAUCAGGAGCGGAAGGAGGAGGAAAACAACAGGAAGACCAGCCGCCUGAAACAGGAGCUGACCAAGCUGAAGUCGUUCACCUUGCUGGUUGUGGAUGAGCAGCAGAGGCUGACUGAGCAGCUUACCCAACAGAGUGCAAAGGUCCAGGAGCUGACAGCCAAUACAGCCCAGGCGCAGGAGAAACUGAGCUCUGCUCAGGCCAGGGCACAGGAGGAGGAGCACAAGGUGUGUCAGCUGCAGGCGGAGCUGCGAGACCAAGCUUGCCGCUUUCACCAGGAGCAGGAGGCCAUGACUGCCAAACUGACCAAUGAAGAUGCCCAGAACCGGCAGCUCCGGCAAAAACUGGCCAGCCUGAGUAGACAGCUGGAUGAACUGGAGGAGACCAACAAGACACUGCGUAGAGCUGAAGAGGAGCUACAGGACCUCCGGGACAAAAUUAACCGUGGGGAGUGUGGGAACUCUAGCCUGAUGUCAGAGGUGGAGGAAUUACGAAAGCGGGUGCUGGAGAUGGAGGGGAAGGAUGAGGAAUUAAUCAAAAUGGAGGACCAGUGCCGGGACCUCAACAAGAAGCUGGAGAAAGAGUCCAGUCAGGGCCGCAACCUUAAGGCUGAAGUGGACAAGCUGAAUCGUAGGAUAAUGGAAUUAGAAAAGCUGGAAGAUGCUUUCAGCAAGAGCAAACAAGAGUGCUGCUCACUAAAGUGCAACUUGGAGAAGGAGAGGACUGUCACAAAGUACCUCUCCAAUGAGCUAGACUCACUGAAAGUGAGGAUUAAAGAGCUUGAAGCCAUUGAGGGUCAACUGGGGAAGACUGAGAUCACACUGAAAGAGGACCUCACCAAGCUAAAGACACUGACUGUCAUGCUAGUGGAUGAGAGGAAGACGAUGGCCGAGAAGCUUAAACAAAUGGAGGACAAGCUCCAAAACAGUACUGGUAAGCUGCAAGCUGAACAAGACAAAGUUACAUCGGUGACUGAGAAGCUGAUAGAAGAAAGUAAAAAAGCCCUGAAGUCCAAGGCUGAGCUUGAGGAGAAAAUGUGUAUGACCAUCAAGGACAGGGACGACCUCAGGGCCAAACUGAAAACCGAAGAGGAACAGAACAAUGACCUGCAGUCCAAAAUCAGUAUGAUGAAGAAGAGGCUGCAGUCACUGGAAGCUGUGGAGCGAGAGUUUCUCAGGAAUAAAGCCAAGGAGGAGCAAACCAAAGUGCCCGUUGUAAAACGCUUCCAUCAAGAAGAUAAUAAAGUGAAAGAUCUCACUCAGGAAGUGGAGAGGCUCAGACGAAAGCUCAAGGAGAUGAAAGUGGUUGAGGGUGACUCAAUGAAAACAGAGGAUGAGCUUGAGUCCUUGGAAAAGAGAUACUCCAACGAACAUGAACGUGCAAAGGCCUUGUUGGAAGAACUGGAAAUAUCUAGGAAGGAACUCUCAAAAUACCAACUGGCAGAGAAAGUGGAGUCCAACCAGGAGCACACUCUUUAUAAGCGUCUAAAAGAAGAAGAAGCAAAGUCAAGCCACCUUACCAGAGAGGUGGAGGCUCUGAAAGAAAAAGUCCAUGAAUACAUGGGCACCGAGGACUCCAUCUGUCGAAUGAAAUCAGAACAUACGUUUCUUCAGAAGAAACUGACGCAGCAAGAAGUGAGGAACAAAGAACUGGCGAGAGAGAUGGAAAACCUGACAAAGGAACUGGAGAGAUACCGGCGCUUCAGCAAAAGCCUACGGCCAGGAAUGAAUGGCAGGCGCUUUUCAGAUUUACACGUCUCUACAAAGGAAGUGCAGACAGACCCGACUGAAAGCAAACCCCCGGCAUACAAGAGCGUGGCUCCACUGGAGCGAGCAGUGAUGAACGGGAAACUAUACGAGGAGAAUAAUCACGAAGAUGAACCGAAUUACAACAUUGAACUUCCCCUCACCAAGUGCAGUCCUUCCCUUAUGAGUAAUGUGAACAACUUAACCAACAACAACUUCCGGAGAGUCUCUUUCCCCAGAAGCAAGGAAAGCCAACACCAAGUAAAUGGUAAAGUGCUACCUAGACCCAAUGGGAACCACAUGCAGCAAGGGGAUGUGGUGCUGACACAUUCACCUGGGCAGCCCCUGCACAUCAAGGUGACCCCAGACCAUGGGCAAAACACAGCCAUGCUGGAGAUCACCAGCCCCACAACAGAAAGCACCCACUCCUACACCAGCACAGCAGUUAUACCCACCAGUGGCGGCCCACCCAAGCAAAGAAUAACCAUCAUUCAGAAUGCCUGCAUCUCCCCGCCAUCCAAAGCCAAAGGCCCCACUGUAACAGAUGGACCCGGAACCCCUGACAGAGCCAUCUCACCCCUUACCAUGACCACCUACACCAGAACUACAACUCCAGACUCAUGCGGGUCCAUUACUCCAGACAGGGCCAUGUCACCCAUCCAGAUAGUGUCCGUCACCACCGGCACUCCGGAGCGCUCCAUGUCGGCUGAGGCCGUGGAGGUUCUGGGAGGUCACGCGGUGUUCCGGGUGACUCCGGAGAAGCAGAACAGCUGGCAGCUGCAAAGGUCCAACAGUUCCGGCCCCAGUGUCAUCACAACGGAGGACAACAAAAUUCACAUCCACUUAGGCAGCCCCUAUAUUCAGGCCAUGAACAGCACAUCUCGCCCCAUGAGUCCAAGCUACACCAACAGCCAGGAACACAGAACUCCAGGUUUAACCAACGGUGUCCCUGCUAAAGGCGGAAACAAAAUCACCAGUAGUAUCACUAUAACGCCCACCGCCUCCCCAAUCCCAAGGCCUUCACAAAUUACAGUUCCUCUAGAAGCCUUCCGAUAUCCCGGCCCGACAAGAAUCCCGAAGCCGAAAGGCCACGGCACCUUCGGAGGGGGGAGCACCAGGACUCAGUCAGGACAGAGCAAAGGCCAACCACCCGCACAGGCUGCCAAAGACUCGGCUCAUAUAAGACGCUCCUACUUGGAUGUGCUGAAUUCCCGUAUGGGGUCGCCAGCCUGCAGCUCCAGAAAUCCUGCGCCUCGCUCUCUGCCAAGUCGUGCAAAGGCUGAUGUUAAGGCUUCAUCUGCGACCAGGCCAGAGGAUCUGCAGGCAGAGCAAGUGUCUAUUUCACAGCAGCAACUUGUCCACCUCAUCCGCUCCCUCAUCUUCCAGCAGAAGGAGACAGCAGUUGCGUCUGUUGGCUCAGACUUGAAGCUCUUGCAGGAGGAUCUGCACCUGAAGAAGACCAAUAUCUACAGAUCCAUACCGUACUCCCGCCUUGGGUCCAACCGAGAUGCACACUGUUACAGGAAAGCCUACCCCCACCUCCAGGCAUUCAAGCGGUCGUGUCAGGAGGGCGGCCGGUUGUUGGUUCAGGCGCAGCGCUGGAGCGCAGUGCUGGAGUACGCACUGGUGGCCUGGCGUUACGUCAGCGCGCUGCCGCAGUGGGACACCAGCAGCCACAACGCCCUCAGGGAGCAGUGCUACGGCGUGUUGGCGGACCUCUGUGCCUCUGCCCUGCAUCACCAACGGCCCGGGCUCGGUCAGGCCCAGGAACUGCUAAGAAGGUUUAAGAUGGCCCGCACACAGAGUCACCUCAUCUCUCCAUGCCUUGAAGAGUUGGAGAAGAUUGUGGGCAAGACACAGAGCAGCACGGCGGAUGUAGCCUUGCCAAACGGUGGUCCGAGCUAGCGUCAGACUUUGGGGGGCUGCUCUGGUGCCAGAUGCCGCUCACUUAAUCGUCGCUGUAGUGCAGGGUGAUGCUCGGCCUCCGUCCGACUGAUCUUCGAGGCUCCAGCGGUGCAGUAACGAGUUGCCGUGGAAAUCCGUGUUUGUGGCAUGGCGCUUUAGCCCAGAUCUCCGCUGAAAGCCGGCGGCCUCCAGGGCACUGCUGGAAAUAUCCCCUAAAAUGUUAAGGGGGAAACAGCUCGGAGAAGGGAUUUAUUUGACCUCAUCUGAACUGCCGCGGCUGCCUUAUUCCCAAAGACUUUGGCUUAGGGCUACAUUUCUAAUUAAAAAAAGGAACAAAAAGCUUUUUAAAAAUUGAUAAAAUAUUGUGUCUGAAAAGGGGGUGAAAAUGAAAACAUUCCACAUUAAUAGGAUUAUUUUUGACAUGAAGGAUUUUGUAUCUGUAUAGCCUUUUUAAUUGAAUGUAUAAACUUAAUAUUUAUAUGCUAUUUUUCAAGGGAAGUAAUAUCCAUGAAAUCCUUUGCAUGUAAACUGAUCUGUGUAGAAGUAAAUGUACCUGUAUGUUCUGCAGAUCUAUUUAAGUUUAUCGUCUACCUGUCUGUGUGCAUGUGUGUUUUGUUUGGUUGCGUUAUUGAGUUUCUGCAGCUUUGGUUGAAAAUAAAUUUUAAAACCAGGUUGCAUCUGA